GUCAAAAUCAGCUGUUUCCCCUCUACGUUUUAAAUAAAUUAUUUAUAAAUUAUUUAUAAUCAUAAUAACAAUGUAGAACGUAGAACAUUCAGAUAAAAUUACAAAUUUAAUUGUUAUUGUUCUUACGGGAAUCGGCGCAGAUCGAUUACAUCGUAAAAAAGUGCAGGCUUAACCCAACCAUACCACAGAGGGUUCUGGAGACAAGGAACCAAGGCAAUUGAAUACCCUUCGAUGUACGUAGGGAAGAUGGGGCCACAAUAACCAGUAACAACUUGACUGUCUUCCUUGAAAGAAUAAGUACAAAAAAACAAUAAAAAUGUCAUUGCAACUUGCUUUACUGAAUAUUUCCUUCUAAUUAAUACACAUAUAAGGAAUUGAUAAAAGGUUUCCUAAUACUAAAAGUUUAAAUUGUGGGCACCCUCAGAUUAAUUGAUCUGUAUCUUGAUAAAUGGUAAUUGUUUGAAUCACAUGACCAACCUAUCAACAAUGGAACAGGAUGAAGAACGAAUAUUGGAUUAUGAAGCCUCAGAUGAGGAGUCUAGUGCAGAAGAAAAUGAAGAAGAUGAACAGUGCCAUAACAGUCCAAUUCCAAAUUCAGAUGAGCCUGGUUUACUUCCUAUAACUAUUACUCCUCAAACCAAAAUAGAAUUCUACAACACUUUUUUUAUGUUAAUUACUUCUACUACCGCCCUGCUUAUAAUUCUACCUUUGUACAUCAACAGAGUAAACUUAAAAGGCAAUUAUUUUUCAAUUGGUUUAAUAAAUUUUCCAAUUUCAACUAUAGCACUGGUAGUAUGCAUUUCUGUAAUGAAAUUUAUAUUUGGCAAGUUAAAACUGGUAAAGAUAAUGAAACUACCUAUGAGAAUCAGUAACCUUAUCCAAAUUUCUAUGUUUUAUUUCUCUAUAACAUUUCUGUACUUAUACUGUACCUCUAGAAACAGAGUUUGGUGUCAUUUGCAGGAUCCUCUGAAGGGGUUUAUGUUAGUUUUUGCCUUAUUGAUGUACUUUUGCUGUAGUAGAACAUUUAUGGGCCUUCACAGAAUUUUCUCAACUACUGCUAUCAUAGUGGGACUUUUUAUAACUUUGGACUAUGGUUUAUGCAAUGAGUUUGUAUGUAGAGGUUUUGAUAUACAGAGCAUCUCGGAUGAUAGUGGACCAUGGAACCACCUGUUUAAUGUUAUACAUACCAUCAUAUACAUUAGUAGCUUUUUUUUCUUUACUAUCAUAAUUAUUAUGUUGGACACCAUUAUUGCCCCAGAUAUUGCUAAUAUGAUGCCUUCCAGUAUAAUUCGCUCAUCUUAUGUUAACACCAUAUCUAGAUCUGUCAGUGAUGUAGAAGAGACAACCCGAGGUGCAAGUGAGGAUAUUCCACAAAAGUCAGCUCUUCACAUUGUGGCUUGGAUACACCUUUUUUCUGUUCUGAUUCUGAAUUGCAUCUUGCCUUUUCAAUAUAUUUCUGGGAAGUUUAUUAAUCAGUCAAACUCAUUUAAUAUUACUAUGCAAGGAGUCUUAUGCCAUUUUAACUUUGAAGGAGACUGCCAAUAUGUGCUAACAUACUCAUUGAUAUUUCAAUUGGCUUAUUUAGUAUUUAUAGUAAGUCUAGUAAAAAUGUUAAUGCUGUCACAGUGCCCAGUAUUUACUAUUGCUACUACAAGUGCCAGCCUUCCAUUUAUUGGUAUUUGGUGGUCAUUGUUUUAUGUAACACCUACAGGUUUGAUGGUUUGGUCUCCAAAAAUCCGCCCGGAGUCUGUGUGUUCUUUAAUAGGGCUCGCCAUUAUACUAUUUGGUCUCAUUUUACUUUGUAAGGCUCAUUUUGAAGGUGAAGAUAGGUAUAAACGAGGACCUCGAAGAAGAAUGGUGAGGUAAAUUGGUGUUUAAAUUACCUGAUUAAAUUUACAGUGAAUUAAAUGUUAUAAGAGGAAGUAAGUAUAAAAACAGUUAUUGUUAUUUUCUGUUAUAUAUAUGAGCAAAUUAUAUUUAUGAGAAUUUUAUAGUAGGUAUAUACCUUUUUAAUGUGAUGCAUUUAAAUUAGCAUUUAGAGAUAUGUAUAGGUUAGAUAAGUAUUUAAUUGUGUGAUAGAAACUCACUAGGUACUUAUAUGUUGAUUUUAAUAUUUUAUGUAAAACAAAUAAUGGGAUUUUUUCCCAAAUUGACUUUCUAUGUAACUACCUCAAAAAUGAUUUUUUCGUAGUACACUGAAAAUUGCCGAUGCCAAAACACUAAAAAUGUGAUACUCCUACGACAUUCGCCAUAUAUAUUAUAGGCCAAGGUAGUAUUUUGUGAAAGACUGAUUUUUCUGUAAGGUCAGAACUAUUAUAAAAUAGAGUCUGCUGAAUCUAAAGUUCCCACCAUUAAAACGAGUACCUAGAAAUUUUUUUACGAAAUUUAGUUUGCAAAUUAACUUAUUUUAAAUAAUAUACUAAACGUAUACAUUGUAAUGUUGUAGCAGUUCAAAGAAUAAUCAUAAAUUUGUAACAUAGACAAUAUAUAUAUGUAAACAAACAAAACAAGGUAUUGAAAACCAAAGGUUUAUCGUAGUUAUCGAUAUAUAUAUACUAUAGCUUAUUGGGUAAUUUAAUUAUUAAAAUAAGGAUUAGGUUUCCAUAUUUCUGUCCUUUUUUUGACGUCUUAAAUAUAUCUAUGAUGUUAUUC